UGUUGUCGAGGUGUUUUGUGCAGGGUUGGCUAUGAAUGAGACGGCGGGGUCCCAGAGUCCUCAGCCGUCUGCAAUUUCUCGGCGUAUUUAAGUAUCGGGGAUCUGACGAAAACAGCUCACAUAAGAAGGCGGUAACAGAAAGCUUUCAGCAUAGGUGUGCUGAUACUGUUUACGAAAAUGAAGUAUACUGGUUUUCCUAUGUGGCGAGCUACAUCCAAUGGAGAUUCAUCCCUCUUUUCGGCUCUUAACAUCGGCAGAUCCGAUGCCUCACUUUCCUUUGAUGCGGCCCCAGUUGAUGGAUUCUGACAUGGACUAUGAGAGACCAAACGUUGAAACUAUCAAGUGUGUGGUGGUCGGGGACAACGCUGUAGGGAAGACACGCCUCAUCUGUGCCCGUGCCUGCAAUGCCACCCUCACCCAGUAUCAGCUCCUUGCCACCCAUGUGCCCACAGUAUGGGCCAUAGACCAGUACAGAGUAUGCCAAGAGGUUUUGGAACGUUCUAGGGAUGUGGUGGAUGACGUGAGUGUGUCCUUGCGCCUGUGGGACACUUUUGGUGAUCAUCACAAAGAUCGGCGCUUUGCCUAUGGCAGAUCUGAUGUGGUUGUACUGUGCUUCUCAAUUGCCAACCCCAACUCACUGCACCAUGUCAAAACCAUGUGGUACCCCGAAAUCAAGCACUUCUGCCCCAGAGCGCCCGUCAUCCUGGUGGGCUGUCAGCUUGACCUGCGCUAUGCCGACCUGGAGGCAGUUAACCGAGCACGACGUCCACUGGCAAGACCGAUUAAAUCCCAUGAAAUUCUGCCUCCGGAGAGGGGCCGCGAAGUUGCCAAGGAGAUUGGGGUGCCAUACUACGAGACGAGCAUCGUGGCUCAGUUUGGGGUGAAGGAUGUUUUCGACAACGCCAUUCGUGCAGCCCUCAUCUCGCGACGCCACCUGCAGUUCUGGAAGUCGCACUUGCGCAACGUGCAGCGGCCGCUCCUGCAGGCGCCCUUCCUGCCGCCCAAGCCUCCGCCGCCCAUCAUCACCAUCCCGGCGCCGCCCUCGUCCAUCGAGGAGCACCCCGUCCGGCUGCUGGAGGACCCGCUGUGCGCCGACGUCAUCCUGGUGCUCCAGGAGCGCGAGCGCAUCUUCGCCCAUCGCAUCUACCUGGCCACCGCCUCUUCCAAGUUCUACGACCUCUUCCUGAUGGACAUCGUGCGGCCCGCGGAGAAGGAGGAGGAGGGCCCCCCUGAGCAUCAGCGCCGCCCGCCACUGCAUUCGCGGCCUCCCUCCUCGCGGCCCCCCGCCAGCCUCUCGGGCCGCGAGCUGCUGAUGCGCGCGGCCAGCUUCGACGUGUGCGAGAGCGUGGUGGAGGGCGACCGGGCCAACCUCCGCGCCUGCACCAGCGACGGGACCCUGAGGCGGGGCGAGGCCGAGGAGCGAAUGGCGCGCGGCCGCCUCCUCUCCUCCUGGAGCCGGGCCUUCCUGAGCAUCCAGGAGGAGCUGGUGGACGACCCGGUCACCUACAACCCCAGGCCCAUGACAGUGGUGCACAUGGACCCGUCCAUGCAGCCUGGGCCGUUCCGCGCCGUGCUGCGAUACCUGUACACCGGCCAGCUGGACGAGCACGAGAGGGAGCUCAUGCACAUCGCCCACAUCGCCGAGCUGCUCGAGGUGUUCGACCUGCGCAUGAUGGUGGCCAACAUCCUCAACAACGAGGCCUUCAUGAACCAGGAGAUCACCAAAGCCUUCCACGUGCGACGCACCAACAGGGUCAAAGAGUGCCUGGCCAAAGGCACCUUCUCAGAUGUGGCGUUCAAGCUGGAUGAUGGGACCAUCAUGGCCCACAAGCCCCUGCUGAUCUCCAGCUGUGAUUGGAUGGCUGCAAUGUUUGGAGGACCUUUUGUGGAGAGCUGCACUAAAGAGGUAUUAUUUCCCAACACCACCACCAGUUGUAUGCGGGCUGUAUUAGAGUACCUCUACACUGGGGUCUUCUGCUCCCGUUCAGACCUAGACUCGAUGGAGCUCAUAGUUCUCGCCAACCGCCUUUGCCUGCCACACCUGGUUGCCCUUACAGAGCUUUACACCGUGACCCUACUGAGGGAGGCUGCCAUGAUGGGAGUUGACAUAGAUGGAGAUGUACUGUUGAAUUUGGAGGUGGCUCAGUUCCAUGGUGCUUAUCAGCUGACGAGCUGGUGCCUCCACCACAUCUGCACCAACUACAACAGUGUUUGCCGCAAGUUUCCCCGUGACAUGAAAGCCAGGUCUGCAGAGAACCAGGAGUACUUUGAGAAGCAGCGCUGGCCUCCGGUGUGGUACCUGAAAGAGGAUGACCACUACCAGCGCGCUCGGAAGGAGCGCGAGAAAGAGGAUUACCUCUACCAGAAGAGGCAGUGCAAGCGCAAGUGGCUUUUCUGGAACCUUCCGUCAUCACCUUCGUCCAGCUCACCAUCGUCCUCAGGCUCGUCCUCAGCAGUCAUCUGAGAGGCUCUCAGGGUGACGCCCGUGUCUUCUUCAGGGGAUUCCAGAGAGGCCAAACUGACAGCUAGAUACACUGCAAAUCAGUGCAGGGUCCUCCCAAGUGGCUACUGCUGGAUGAGGAGAGAGCUGGUCUAUCUCUCCUGAUGAAAUUAAAACAGAACUGGUUUGAUUGACCUGGGGGUCAUAACUGAAAGCUUGCCAGGUGCUUAUCAGCUGCUAUGGACAACUUGAGAAGAGAAGCAAACAACCAGCAAUCUCAAACAACAACAACAACAACAACAACUACAGCAUAUUAUCUCAGUGACGAAACAUCUAUCAAGCUUAUCACUCAAACUUUCACAUCCUCUUAUCCUCAGUAGCGGAAUUUAUUCCACGUGUACAGAGUAUCAGUUACAAAAGGCUGGUGUUUUCCUUCUGGAACGGACAAGUUCUUCAGGUUUCUCACUUGACAUAACAUGUUACUGAUAACUUGGGUAAAUAUGCUGGAGCAGGGAGGAGGUCCUAGACCUACAAAGGAACAGGGACUUACCUGGGCUCUGUAUUCAUCUACAUUUAUUUCUGGUUUAAAAAAGUUUAGAUAAGUGUCAUGAUUGUAUGAUGCAAGAGAUUGGUUUGAAGGAAUGUGUUGGGGAUCCAUGCAAGAGCAUCUCUGUAAAGAACAGGUAUGUGGUGUCUAAAGGUUUAUGCCACGGGAGCCAUUGUCUGUGCUUUCAUAGCACACCUGCCAACUGGUGAAGCGAAGGCCUCAGAAACACUGAGUCUCUCAGAUGCACAAUUUUGCCAGGGCGGAUUAGAAGUGAUAUACCCGGAGAUUGACAUCAGUGACUGUAUGAUCAUCCCACCAGGACUGAGGCAGAGGAUCAGUAAGGA